AUGAGUGGUAUAGCUUUAAAAAUCACAGCUCUUUUAGUGAGAACCAUUCUGAAACCCAUAUCAAAAGCAAUAUCAACACAAGCUAAAAACAAUGAAACAUUUCGACAAUAUUGCAUUUCAUUUGCCAACAAGCUUCACAAGACUGAUGUCAAACUACGCAUGAACUUGCUAGGGGAGAAAAAGAUUAGAGUUCGACCACUCAACGACAACAAGGCCAUUGAACAGGGAGCAGCUUUCAUAUCGGAAACAUUUAUAUUCAGUGUUGCUGGUGGUCUAAUAUUUUAUGAAGCUUAUCGAAGUCGAAAAAAGGCUAGUGACCAACGUGAUGCGCUAGCGGAUGAUAUCACCAUAUUGCAGAAUGAAAUUGAAUACAUCAAAGAUAAGUUGAAGGAUAUGAAUGUGAAGUUAGAUGAUUACAAAGUACCCGAGGGGUAUAAACCAAAGUAUGUCAAGAUUGGCAACAACAAUAACAGCAGUAGCAGUAGCGAGAACAACAACACAACAACCAAAACCAAAACCACAACCACAACCACAACCAACAACAACACUACGACUACCCUAAAAAACCAAAAUCUAGAGAGACAAACUCAAUGA